AUGAGGAGAAAAAUUGUGGAUGAUUCAUGGUGUCCGGUUUGUGGAUUGGAGCCGGAGACGAGUUUUCAUAUUUUAUGGGCAUGUCCUUCCACCAAGGAUGCUUGGGGCGCUAGCUGCAAAAAAUUCCAAAAGAGCACUUUGAUGGGUCCCAAUUUUUUUAAUAUAGUAGAGGAGGUAUUGCUUAAUGGUAAGGAGGAGGAUAUAAAACUGUUUGCUGGUUUGUCACGGCAAUUAUGGCUGAGGAGGAACAUGUUGCUUCAUGAAGGAGUUUUUAUUCACCCCAACACGCUGGUCCAAAGGGCUGAUUUUGGUAAGGCCAUGGGCAGAGAGUAUCGCGAAGGGGAGCCAACGGGGAGAAUGGACGUGGAAAAAUGGAAAGCACCUCCUGCUGGCCGCCUGAAGGUAAACUGGGAUGCUGCAUUAAAUCUCACAAGGGGAAGGAUGGGGAUGGGUGUGGUCAUACGGGAUCAUGAUGGGCGUGUAAGGGCUGUCAAAUGUAGUCUCAAACAAGGACACUUUGACCCCACCGCUGCAGAGACAAUGGCAGCCAUUCAUGCUUUGAAAUUCUGUAUGGCACAGGGUAUGCUUAAUAUAUGUAUGGAAGGAGAUGCUAAAAAUGUGGUGGAUGCUUUGAACUCAAGGGAGGAAAAUUGGAGUAGGACGGGAUAUCUAGUAGAUGAAGCAAGGAAUUUGCUCAAUGGGUUUAAUAAUUGA